AUGGAUGAUAUGGGAUCGGGAUAUUUCAAACGAGUUUCUGGUGCCUAUGACAACGGCGUAGCACGGUUGAUAAUGAAGACCAAGCCAGAAAGCUUCACUCGCUCAGAUUCGCGGCGCCAUUAUAUGCUUCGCCUGUGCCAGGCCGAGACAAUCCCACCGAAGGCAGUGGACUGGAUCAAGAAGCUUCAUGACCUUCAACGGACCGACUCGACCUCUGUCUCUGCUUCACUGGCAUUGCCGCCCGUGACAGCUAACAAGGGCCAAACUUACCUGUCCAAAUGCAGGAAUCUGGACACUGAGCUCGAACCUUUGAUAAGGGAGGUUGACUUGUCCUCCAAUCCAAUCCCAGUCGACAACCUACGCGAACCAGGAAUGGCCCAUGGCGCUCUCGCUGCCUUAGGUCAACCCGUCAUUGACAAGACCGGAGCGGACAUAGGCUCUCUGUAUCAAGGAUCUCAACGAAAGCUGAUAAAGAGCAAUUUGCAGCAGCAGCCCCUGAUCUGUCUAUACCAGAGUCUUCAAGAUUCAAGAUACAGAUUGCAGAGCGACGUCAAAAAGUCAAGACGACCGGCACAUUCCUCUGUCUAUAGCAUUGCCCCGACUACGGAGCCUCCAGAGAAGGAUGUUGCACCUGAAACCCCAAUUUGA